UCCCUGGCGCUGCCUGCAUCCCUCCCCGGGCACCACUGCCUGCCUCCCUGCCUGAGCAGCGCCUGCCUCCCUCCCCAGGCGCUGCCUGCCUCCCCGCCCGGGCAUUCCCUGCAUCCCUCCCCGGGCACUGCCUCCAUUCCCCCCCGCGGGCGCUGCCUCCCUGCCUGAGCAGUGCCUGCCUCCAUCCCUCCCCGCCACCGCCUGCCUCCGUCACUCCCGGCCACCGCCCGCCCCGCGCCCCGGCCCGGCUCCCCCCGCCCGGCGCCCCCCGCCGCCGCCCGGCCCCUCGGUAGCGCCGCGCCGGGCGGGGGCCGGGCCGGGCCGGGCCGGGGCUCUGCAGCGGGGCCGCCCGCCCCGCACCGGGCUCGCCGCAUGGCUCCGCCGCCCGCCGGGGCGCAGCCGGCCCGGGCCGCCGCUGCAAGUGACGGGCUGUCCCAGAGGGGAAAUGCAUCCUGAAUGGGGCUGAGGCCCCCUGCGCGGGAAUAUGCAGCCUCGGCACCGCAGGGGCAGUACCAGGGCAGUGGCCGGCGCACGGCGGCAUGGUGGCAACGUUCAAGAUCGCCGUACUGGGAGCCCAGGGCGUGGGCAAGAGUGCCAUAGUCCGGCAGUUCCUCUACAACGAGUUCAGCGAGGUCUGCGUGCCCACCACGGCCCGCCGCGUCUACCUGCCCGCUGUCGUCAUGAACGGCCACGUCCACGACCUGCAGAUCAUGGACUUUCCCCCCAUCACUGCCUUCCCUGUCAACACCCUGCAGCUUCGAGUACAUCAAAACCAUCCGCCAGCAGAUCCUGGAAACGAGGGUCAUCGGCACUUCAGAGACGCCCAUCAUCAUCGUGGGCAACAAGCGGGACCUGCAGCGGGGCCGGGUGAUCCCACGCUGGAACGUUUCCAACCUGGUGAAGAAGACGUGGAAGUGUGGCUACAUCGAGUGCUCGGCCAAGUACAACUGGCACAUCCUGCUGCUCUUCAGCGAGCUCCUGAAGAGCGUGGGCUGCGCCCGCUGCAAGCACGUCCACACCACCAUCCGCUUCCAGGGCGCCCUGCGCAGGAACCGAUGCACCAUCAUGUGAGCCCCCCGCCCCGACAGACCCCCCCCGGCCAUGUCCCCGUGGCCACCCACCCUCGGGGACUGCAGCUCCCCGGCGAGCGCUGGCGUCACCGCUUUCUGAGGAGGUGAUGCUGCGGAGGGAGUUGUGCCAGAGGCACCUCGGGGUUUGCUUCCCCACCGGCGCUGGCACCCUGUGGUGAGGUGUGGGGACGUUGCACCUUGAGCGGUGCUGGGCAGGGUGACGCAGUGGCCACCGGUGGCUCAGAGUGGGUGGCCGGGCGGCCAGGCUGCCUGGAGGUAGCGAGGGGUGAGGGAGGACCUCUGCUAAACCCCCAAGCACUCCCCAAGCCUCCGGUGCUCAGGGCCAAAGCUGUCCAUGGGCGUUGGUGUCUCUGCCACUCCUGGAAGGCUGUGUGGCACCGGGAGGGUGGAGGAGAUGCUUCAGAUGAUGCCCAGAGGUUGGCUGUCGGGUCCAUCCUUGCCAGCUCCUGCCCUGGCAUCGUAGGGGCAAUGCUUGCUGCUGCCUGGCAUCACCUGCCCCCUGGUAGAAAAUUGCCCAGCGCCUGUGGCCCGAUGUGCCGGGGGUGGCUCCAUCUCUGGGGCAUGGUGGAGCCAGAUGUCCCAUUUUCUUCCCCACAGAGCGGAGGCUUCUCCCCUCAGAGGGCAGAGCAGCCUCUGGCAAAAGGCCAGGUUACACGGGCUUUCUUUUGGCUUGGUUGGGUCAGAUUUCCAGGCAGAAUUUCUGGAUGAAAGUAAGAAAGGGGAAAAAAAAAAUAACAAAGCUCUCAUCCUGCCCCUUACAUCCCCCCACGGGGUGCUGGGUGCUGCUUCCCCGGGGCUUUGAGUCCCUGUUCUGCUCCAGUUCAGCCAAGGAAGGCUUGUCCUCCCCCACCAGCCUGUUGACCACCAAAUAAUCGCAAAACACUCCUUGCCGGGCAGGUCACCCCUCUGCUACCUCUUGUCCUAGGCUCAGCGGGCGACCAGCUUUGCACGGCUCCGACCCAAACCUCUGGCAUCCCGCAGGCAGGCAGCCCCCCCGUGCCAUUGCGCCCUGCCAGCGGAGCCGUGGGGCAGGUCUGACCCGCCCUGGGCUUUCCCAUGCGAUGCUCGCCUCCAUCCAUGUGAAAUGGUGACGGUGCGAAGACAGCCUCUGAAGCAACAAGGAGCUGGAGUUGCAUUUCCAGUUGCAUUCGGUUUCUUUCUUAAUUCUGUGCACAUCCCUAAUAGGAAAGUGAGACCCCCACUUUUUUUUUUUAAUUCUUUUUUGAUCUUUGGUCUUGUUUUUGCACCAGACUUGCAGCUCAGCUGUGUCUUGUCCUGCAGGGCGGGUGGCAAAGCACAGCCUGCAUUGCGAACGGCGUUGGGGUGGUGUGCCGGCAAAGGGUGAGCAAGAGGCCGAGGGGGGUCAUGGUUCCCUCCUUCUUGGCUGCUCCCUGUGAGACACGGGGAAAGGCUGUCUUUGCCCCCCAAGGCAGGAUCUGAGGCUGGCCCAUCCUCCAGCAAAACCAUCUCAGUGAUUUCUGGUGUAACAAGGGGUUGCAGGUAUUCAGCGCCGCUCUGGGCAAUAAAGCAAAGGGUGCCGGCCCCAUCUCUUUCCCCGCGGUCAGGUUUCCAUCUGACAGAAGCACCGCUGUGCUCUUGGUGACACUUUCUGUUAAGAGUAGGUCCAGCUGAACUCCGGCACAGUGUGUGCCGCUGCCCCGUCCCCGCUGCCAGGCCACGCGCUGCCCUGCAGCCCCAAUGCCGUGGGGCUGGGGGUCACCCUGCUCCUCCACCCCCACCCCCAGCAGCCGCUUUGGGAGCCAAGCCCCAUUCCCCUUGCUCCCAACGGGGGGGGGGGGGGGGGAAGGAAAAAAAGAGAAAAGGUGGGGGGGGGACACGGGUCUGUCUCAGGUGGCUGCAAGAGCCCUGGGCAGGGAAGGGCAGCGGCACUCAUCUCCACCUCUGGCCUUCAUGGCAAACCUACUGGGCUUUGCCACCGGCCCCACCGCCCCAAACCCCAUCUCAUCAGGAUUUAUUAACACGUUUAAGUCCAUGUUAUCGGUCUCUGGCUAGCUUUAUCCCUCCAAAUUGUUUGAGAAGGAAACUCCUUGGUAAAUGCUAACAAUAAAGCAUUUAUAAAGUGCUCCAAUGUACACAUAUCAACAACUAAGCCAAUACAUUGUUUGUUAUAACCCUGUAGCCUGCAGUUUAUAGCACAAUUAGUUACAGGUUUUUAUAGCAUCUAUUUAGUAUUUUGGAAAAAAAAAUGUUAUAAAUAUUGUUAUAUUCUAUUGUACUUUAUAGACAGAGAAAGUUAUAUUAGUAAUAAGAACUCUCACUGCUUCGACAGCUUUUCCCAGCUCCCAAGAAAAAAGAGGGCUACAAAAAGCUACUUUCCCAAGAGCUCAGGAGGGGGUAGGCGGUGGUACCUGCUGGUUACAGGCAGGGAAACUGGGGCAGGGGAGUCCGGUGCGUGGCCAGACUCGCGGGGAACAGAGCAGCCAGGAGCACAGCAGCAGCUACAUCCAACCCACGCCUUGCCCCUACUCGUAACUUCAGUACAAAGUGUUACCGCUCGCCCAAUGCCACCCUGGUCCUGCUAAAGAUAACCUGCUCCUGAGCCUGGGAGAGGCUGAGGAUGUCCCCACUGCUGUCCCCAGGGCAGUGCUGGGUCUCUGCCCCUGUGCACGGUGCCGCAGGAGGCGAUGCCUGGGUUCUGUCCAGCCCUAGCGAGGAUGCUUCCCUCUCCUCCUCCUGCCCCGGUGAGUGUCCUGGUUGCCUUGACUUGGCUUUCCUUUCCCCCCGGACUUCUUGUUGGAGACUCAUGAGGUGUCUACACCACCUGUAAUACCCUGCACCCCCUUCUUUGAAAUUGAAUUAAAAAUCAGGUCUGUCCCCCCUUGUUCUGUA